UGGUGGACAUCGGAACUUCAGGGAAGUUGCAGUUACUCAACUUUCAAUCAUUUUAUCUGUUUUAUGAUGAUUGUCAUACAAAUUUGAGAUCAUUCAUGGGAUUGUUCAAUAUAUAUGUCUUCAAAGAUGGCUUCCACUUUACCAAGACCAACCGAAAAAGGCAAGAUACAAGCAGAAUUACGUCGAAAGGCCUCCGACUCAGCCCUGCUUCAGACUGUGCGUGGAAAACUUCAGAAGCAGCGCUCAAGACUGAACGACCAAAUCAAUCGCGAACUGCGCAUGAGAACUGGAGCCGAGAACUUAUUCAGGGCGACCAAUAACAAGAAGUUACGCGAGACUGUGGCACUUGAGCUGAGUUUUGUCAACUCCAACUUACAACUUCUGAAAGAAGAGUUGGCUGACUUGAAUGGCUCUCUGGAGACGUAUCAGAGUGACGGGCCGGCGCAGAGUGUUCCCAUGAUUCCAUUGGGUUUGAAGGAAACGAAGGAUGUGGAACUAACAGCACCAUUCAAGGAUUUUAUUCUGGAGCAUUACAGUGAGGAUCCUGAGAAAUAUGGUGACGCCAUCACUGAUUUCCUGGAUAUGAGAAGUGCAAUAAGGACCCCUCAAAGGAGUGAUAGAGGAAUCCAGUUACUAUUCGAAUAUUACAAUCAACUGUAUUUUGUUGAGAAACGGUUCUUCCCACCCAACAGGAAUAUCGGCAUUCAUCUACAGUGGUAUGAUUCACUCACUGGGAUUCCAAAUUCUCAGCGAUCGGUUGGGUUCGAAAAAGGUAGCAUAUUGUACAAUGCUGCUGCCCUCUAUACGCAGAUAGCUGCAAAACAGGACCGGUCUUGUUCUGAGGGCAUAAACGCUGCCAUUGUUAACUACCAAAAGGCCGCCGGGGCAUUACUGCAACUCCACGAUAACUUUAGUCAUGCUCCAAGCAUGGAUAUGCAGUCUGACACAUUGGACAUGUUAGCACAGCUGAUGUUGUCUCAAGCACAAGAAUGUGUCUUCGAAAAAAGGGUGCUAGGUGGAGUGAAAGGUGGUGUGCGAGACUAUACAGAAGUUGCUCAAGAGGCUGCUAUGGUGUGUGAGAUGUACCAGCAGACUCACCGCUUGAUGUGUGUGGAGAAAAUCAAGCAAUACCUCCCGUACUCCUGGGUGUCGAUGGUCCAGGUCAAGUCACAACAUUAUGGUGCUUUAUCACAUUACUACUGUGCUAUAGGCAUUCUACAAGUCAAUGAUGUAGAUGAUGCUGACAUCAUGUCUAAGUUAUACCCGGGCCUUCAUGCUCAUAUGAACAAUGUAUCGUUUGAGUCAUUUCCCUCAAAGAAUGAAGACCAGCUGAUGCUUGUGAAAGGUCACCUCCGAGAGGCCCUGGUCCAACAUGAGGAGGCCAUGCAUGCACACAGCUACUGUAAACAGCUGAGAAAGAUCGAUACAUUCCAAGAAGUGCUCCGCUAUGCACAUGAUAGAUCUUUGGAGAAGUUCUCUGAUCUUGAAGAAGAAGACGAUUUCUCAGAGUUGAUAAAAGUGCCUGCCAUUAAAGCCAAAAGCCAACAAGUAUUAGAAGCGAUAGUGCCAGAUUUUGGCAAAUAUAAAGUUCAAGAUCUUUUUUAUCAACUGGGUCCUGUGUCCGUGUUUUCUGCCCAACACAGCUGGUCUGCUCCGAGAACGGUAGAGAUGGUCAAGUCCAGAGAGCAGGGGUUCGGUUUCAGUGUGCGAGGUGGAUCGCCUGUGAUAAUCGCUGACGUCGAUAACGGAGGCAUUGCUCAGAGAGAGGGUAUGAAAGUUGGGGACUUUAUUGUGGAUGUGAUGGGGACAGAUGUCAAGUGGAGCUCUCAUGAGGAGGUCGUCAGUCAUAUUAGGGCGUCCGGCGCAAAGCUUGUCAUGAAACUUGUCACGCCAAUGGAUCGGAACUUUUUACAGAGAAACUCACAAACUGGUGACGAAAACCAGAAGGUUAUGAUGCGGACACCGGAAGGGACUAUUGCCGAUAAAGAAAAACCCGAGAAACGUCGAUCACGUUUAUCAUGGGUGUUCAAAAAGAAAGAUUCCGAAAAAGAAAAAAAUCGAAAUCGGAAAAUUACCAUGUGAGAAAGUGUCCCAUUCUGGUAAAUCAACUCGACGGGCAAUGUCAAUAAUGGAACAAAUGACAACAGCCAAACUCGGCAUGUCCUUGAACGAUAUGCUUGUGGUUCCAAGUACCUCUCAGUUGUUCGUGUACAAGUUCAAUCAAAACAUUGGUGAUUGAACUUAUUCUGUAUAUUAUUCAGAUAUAUUUAUGGAGGAUUUCAAUUUCUCUUUUACGGCCACAAAGGUCCUUGGUAUAUGAUAAUGAUUUAACAAACCACAUGCUUUUUGUUAGGCAUGUCGACUCUAGCUGUUGCUAUCUUGGCCAAAUAUACCGGCAUAAUCAUUCUGUUUCUGUACAUGUGUAUCAAAUGCUGCCAUAUUUUACAUUCAUCCAUAUUUUUUACAUUUAGUAUUCCUGUAUUUAACACAACUGCAUAAAGUAUUACAUUGUCCUUGCCUAAACCUUUUAUUGUGUCUGUUGUAACAUUUAUUGCUAAUGCUUCAUCUAAUGUAUGAAUAUUCAUUCUUUUGAUUAUAUUCUGUUAAAAAUGUUGUAUAGAUUUGGAUAUACCAAGUAUUUGGAUGUCAAUUUUAUAUGUCCAAGGAAAUUGACUUUGUUAUGAUCUUAUGGCCUUGUGGGAUUGUGACUAUUAAAAGAGACCUCGGAUUUAAUAACCUCACCAAUCUGAUCAAGGUCAACCCUUCUCCACAAUAACUUUUAGGCAAAUUUAAAAAAAAUUUCAUGCACAUUGUUUUACCCCUUUCAAUCAAAAAAGUAUUGUAUUGCCAAUAUUCUUCUGCUUUCAUGGCAGAUUAGUCGAACCUAUCCACUGCUCGGCGGAGGGUUGAGGCCUCGUUGAUUUAUGUGGAUGCACUGUCAAUACUGAGCGCUCUGGUAUUCCUGGUUAUUCACUUGGCUCGAAGUUCAUGACGAGUGAAAUGCUAUCAAGUCCCAGUGUCUCUGUAAUGAGUGGUGAACCUUCCUAUGCUCUGCUGCCACCUAUUAGCUUCCAGAUUAACUAGUGUUCUCAUUGUCCACCUGUUGAAGUGGAUGGUCCUGCCACAGAUGGUGUGAUUCUUUAACUUUUUUGCAGAUCGCUAUGUUGAUGUAUUUUACACUGUUUUGGUCUGAGCGAUACUAUAUGGCAUUCUAUUUUAUAACUUUUAAUAAAGUCUUAC